AUGAGACCAAACACAAGAAUUAUCUCGGCUCUGGUGCUGCUGUGCCUGACGCUGAAGUCUAGCCAGGCACAUGGUUUUGGAGGACAGAAGUUUGGCGGAGGCUUUGGCGGGGGCUAUCCAGUGCCCUAUCCUGUUGCGCAACCGGUUCCUGUGCCUCAGCCAGUACCCGUUCCAGUUGCAGUACCCCAACCGGUGCCAGUUCCAUACCCAGUUGGACGGCCAUUCAAACACGGCUGGAAAGGAGGUUUAGGUGGCGGUGGACUUGGCGGUUAUGGUGGAUAUGGAGGACUUGGUGGUUACGGUGGAUAUGGCGGAUAUGGCGGAUAUGAAAGUUUCUCAUCCUAUAGUGGUGGCGCAUACGGCGGUGGCUUUGGUGGCUUCGGAGGAGGCUUCAGAAGACGACGUUAG